UAGACAUAUGUUAUUAGGUUUAUUGUUUCAUAAGGAUGUAAUUAAAGAUCAUUUCGGAGAUGUUUUAAACCGAACCAGUCGAUGGAACAGCCGUGUAACUGCAUCUAUUCGUGCAAUGACCGACGCGAGGGUGGUAGUUUCCUCCCGGGAUGAUCGUUUUAAUCAAUAGGACUCUCAUCUCCCCCUCCUAGGAAAGCAUCAUUUAUCACGAGAAUGUCUCGUGCGCAUAAUGACUGAAAAAAUCUCUCCAUAGCUGCGCCGCGAUGCGCGCUCGAUGUUUGGAAAUAUGUGCAUCGGGGCAACACACACACACACAAACCAACCGACCAACCAACCAACCAACCUCCAGCGGUCGGUAUGUGGAGGCUGACGAUCACGCUUGCGCAAAUUUCCACCCCUUUCCCAGCACCGUCGACUCCACACUGCCACCCUUCUCCUCUCCCGGACCUCUUCCGCCUUCACAUCCCUUCCGACCUCUUCUCCCGCGCUGCUCUCGGCCUCUCCUUCACCUUUCACCGACGACGACAGCGUCUGCGUGUAUCGGUGCCAAUCUCCCUCGACCGAGGAUUUUUCGCGAUUCUUUUCGCCCCGAGUCUAUCCCACCCCCGAGACAACCCCAGACGGUGGGGGCGGCGGCGGCGGCAGCAGGCGUCCGGAGGGUGCAGCCGUUGGUAUUAGGACUCAACCUCGUCAGUUUAGUUACCGCACCACAUAAAGGCAUUGCGUUGUAGACACCGUUAUACCCGCAACAUUCUUACUAUUUGCUUGCAUAUCUCCUAAUUUCUGACCUUUCAAUUCGGCAUAAAAAAAGAAAAAGGAAAAUACUCGGUUCGGUAUCGUUCGUCGUCAAAAAAAAAAAAAAAUAAAAAGAAAAACAGUCGUCGCUGUUGCUCUCAUCGUCGUCGUCGUCGUCGUCAUCGUCGUCGUCGCCGUCGUUGUCGUCAUUCUCUAACGGUUUUCAGUUCGUUGUUGCUGCUUUGUCCCGUCCACGUGUCGAUCGAGCGACAUUGUUAUUCGCCGUUCGGGUGACACUGUCACAAGAAAACUCGCGCGCCAGAAAAAGUUAUAGAGAAGCGAAAGGUGGAUCUCGCGAAUAUCGCACGAGAAGAUAAGUUUGCCGGGUGGAAUCGGUCAAAGAUAAAACAGAGAAACGGCUCUUCCGUAUUCUUCCAAUCUUAUAAUUUUGUUGGAGUCUUAAUCCUACGUUCUCCAUUAAUUCGUAACUCCUGACUUGGCCCCAAGAAGCAUUUCUUGAUGUCUUAAUCAUUUGUCCUUUUCGAUGAACAAUCUCUCUGAUCGACUUAACGCGUCACGAUAAUAAUUUGAAAAUACGAAUCGGCGCUUAAUAUGGUGCAUAAUCUUUUCACGUGAUAACGUGGAGAUAGAAAACGAAAUCAGCGAACGAGAGUUGAGCGCGUUAACGAGGAACCGCGGUAGCGUGAUCAACGAAAUCGUCAGCUGGAAGAUCUUUUAAUCGGCAGAAGAGGCACCAGCAAAAACAAAACGAAAGAGAGAGAGAGAGGGAAAGAAAGAGAUAGAAAGAGGGACAUAAAUAGGAGUGUGUCCUGCUGGUCGGGGGUGGGAGUGAAAGAGAGACACUGGGUGUGUUCGUCGCGCGCGAGAUUUGUUUAUCUCUUGUCGCAAGUUAUAGUUAUCAAGUGUUCACAAUUAAUCCGGCACCCGAGUUCACGUUCUCGAUGGAAUUCGAUGCCAGGACUCGUGUUCGAUGAUCGAAAACCGGCCUCCACGUUGAUCGCGCGAUCGUCGGUUCGAAUGUUCCAAGUCGCGUCGUAAAGUUUGUUGAGAAAUUUGUUGAAAGAGAAUAAAGUAAGAGAAAACGAGUACAAAGAUACGGGGAAACGCAGCCGCGAAAAUACAUACGAAAUAUCGCGUAAUAGAAAAAUAAAAGUAAUUAAGUAGAACCCACCGCCGUUCCGUUCUGCGCCCAGUAUCGGCAUCCUCCAACCACUGAUUUUCAUCGUUAACCGUAGCGUGAUAACAGUGCACAUUAGCGGAGGUGACAGCGGUGUGAAACGACGAGAGCCGGAGGCUCGCGCAGGGGCUGACCGCCCGCACGGUGCUCGGUUUCGCGUGCGACACAGCGCGGAGGAAUCAAGUGACAGAACGCGAAAAGGAGGAUAGAAGAGAGAAAGUAGUAACAGAUUUCGUACAUAGUUAGGGACGACUCGUUAGAGGAUUGCAAUGAUGGCGAACGGAAUGGACACAGUCGUACAACAAAACGGAGGAUCAACCCUCGGACAGACCUCGCAGGAAGAGUCGAAGACGAAUCUCAUAGUAAAUUACUUGCCGCAGAGUAUGACACAGGAUGAGAUUCGUUCUCUGUUCUCCAGUAUAGGCGAGGUCGAAAGCUGCAAGCUAAUCCGUGAUAAGCUUAGCGGUCAGAGUUUGGGUUACGGUUUCGUCAACUAUCACCGGCCUGAAGAUGCCGAAAAGGCUAUAAACACGCUCAAUGGUCUUCGUUUGCAGAACAAAACCAUUAAGGUGUCGUACGCGAGACCGAGCAGCGAGGCGAUCAAAGGCGCGAAUCUGUACGUCAGCGGCUUACCGAAAAACAUGGCGCAACAGGAUCUGGAGAAUCUCUUCAGUCCUUACGGCAGAAUCAUCACGUCGCGGAUACUGUGUGACAACAUCACCGUACGACAGUUUGUGACCGGCGGCGGAGACAAUUUGCCCGGCCUGUCGAAGGGCGUCGGCUUCAUAAGGUUUGACCAGCGCGUCGAGGCCGAACGAGCGAUCCAAGAGCUGAACGGCACCAUACCAAAGGGCUCGUCCGAACCGAUCACCGUCAAGUUCGCCAACAAUCCUAGCAACAACAACAAGGCGAUACCGCCAUUGGCCGCCUAUCUCGCACCACAAGCCACGCGGCGUUUCGGCGGGCCGAUCCACCAUCCGACCGGCCGCUUCAGGUACAUUCCACUGUCGCCACUAUCCAGCACUGGCAAGGCCAUGCUUGCCAUUAACAAAGGCUUACAGAGGUACAGUCCUCUGGCGGGUGACCUCCUCGCGAACUCGAUGCUGCCCGGUAACACGAUGAACGGCGCCGGCUGGUGCAUCUUCGUGUACAACCUCGCACCCGAGACCGAAGAGAAUGUGCUCUGGCAGCUGUUCGGACCCUUCGGCGCCGUCCAAUCGGUCAAGGUCAUACGUGACCUUCAGACGAACAAGUGCAAAGGCUUCGGGUUCGUGACGAUGACCAAUUAUGAAGAGGCGGUGGUGGCCAUACAGAGCUUGAACGGCUACACCCUGGGUAACCGUGUGCUCCAGGUUAGCUUCAAGACGAACAAGAGCAAGGCGGCGUAGGACGAGCAACAAGCGGCAGCG